AUGACCUCACUCCGUGUGCUUGAUGUUCAAAAUAAUACUUUUGGCGGGGUCAUUCCUUCAUCUCUCCUCUAUAAUCUCAAGUCACUUGAAUAUAUUGACUUUUCUGGAAAUGCAUUUGAAGGCUCACUUUCGCUUGCUUCCUUGGCUAAUAAUUCUAACCUUGAGGUAUUCCGACUCAUCCACUACAAUAAUCGUCUAGUAGUAAACACAGAAGAGCCCAAUUGGCUUCCUUCAUUUCAGCUAAAGGCGUUUAGUCUAUCAAACUGCGUGCUCAACAAAGAUGCAAAUGGCGUAAUUCCUAGCUUUUUGAAAAAACAACAUCACUUGAGGGUUGUUCAACUCAACCACAAUGGACUGAUAGGAAAUUUCCCAAAUUGGCUAUUGGACAACAAUCUAGAUCUAAGACAGUUGGAACUCAAAGGCAACAAUUUGUCAGGUUCAUUUUAUUUGACUUCCAAUGUGAAUUUUGUCAACUUAUUGAUUUUUGAUGUGUCUGCUAAUAUUAUUGAAGGAGAGCUUCCAUCUCAUUUUGGUUAUAUCCUCCCGAACUUGUUCUAUUUGAACUUGUCAAACAACAAUUUGAAAGGUGGAAUCCCUUCCUCAAUGGGUAGUAUGCACCGGCUAUUUACGUUGGACUUAUCGAAUAAUGGCUUCACAGGAGAAAUACCAGAGGCACUGACUAAAGAUUGUGAGUCACUUUCUACAUUGAAAUUGUCAAGCAACAAUUUGCAAGGCCAGAUGCUACCGAGGAAUUUUAACUUGACAUAUUUGGAAUUUUUAUAUCUGGAUAACAAUUAUUUCACAGGGGAGAUAUCACCUGGCAUAUUAAAAAGCUCCUUGCAAGUUUUGGAUGUAAGUAACAAUUGCCUAUCUGGAACACUUCCUAAUUGGAUUGGAGAUAUUAAAAACUUGGAAGUACUUAUGCUAUCAAGUAAUUUAUUGGAAGGUCCUUUACCACUGAGCUUCUGCAACUUACAUCAUCUCGUUCUUUUAGACCUUUCAAGUAACAACCUUGGGCCGAAUAUACCCCCCUGUGCCAAUGUUACAAGUAUGAAGUUCUUGCAUUUAGCAAAUUACACACUUGUUGGGAAUUUUCCUCAUCUUCUCUCUAGAGCUUCAUCGAUUGUCACAUUGGAUCUUAGACACAAUGCAUUAUCAGGUGAGAUUCCCAGUUGGAUCGGUUCACUUCGGAACUUGAAGGCUCUUCUACUGCAAGGAAACGGUUUUGAAGGUUCAAUCCCUCUAGGUCUAUGUUCAUUGAAAAAUAUGAACAUAUUGGAUCUCUCCAACAAUAAUUUUUGUGGACAAAUUCCUUCAUGUUUGAAAGAUUUGACAUUUGGAAAGGGUGGGGUAUCUAUGGAUACAUAUUCUACCAUGGAGAGUACGAAGUGGUUUGGGUCAUUAGACAACUAUAAGGGCAGAUUCACUAUAUUCGAUUUUUCUGAACUUUUCAUAGAUGUCCAAAAGUUUGAAUUAGAGGAAGUAAAGUUCAUGACAAAGAGUAGAUUGGAAUCUUAUAAGAGAACCGUUCUAAAACUAAUGUCCGGAAUCGAUCUCUCACAGAACAAUUUGGCGGGCUUUAUUCCUCCAGAGGUCGGCCUCUUGAGUGAACUUCGAGCCUUGAACCUGUCACACAAUCAUUUGAUAGGACCGAUCCCAGAAAUGUUUUCCAAUUUGAAGGACGUAGAGAGCUUAGACCUAUCCUACAAUAGCUUAACUGGUCCCAUCCCUCCACAACUAACAGAGCUCUACUCCCUGUCAAAUUUUAGAGUAGCUCAUAACAACUUGUCAGGCAGGACACCAAACCAAAAAAAUCAAUUUGCAACUUUUGAUAAAGCAAGUUAUGAAGGUAACCCUCUUCUUUGUGGAGCACCAUUAACAAGCUGUGAUGACUCAAAUAAGGAACAAGGGACAAGAACAUCUUUAAAUCAUACCAUGGUGGAUGACUACUGGAGAGAAGCCUUCUUGUGGAGUUUUGUGGGAUCAUAUGUUGUGGCAUUCCUUGGGGUGGUUCUUUUUCUCUAUCUAAACUCGUACUAUUAG